GCUGUCCCUCGGUCAUCCCAGGACUCUCGUUCUCUCUCUCUCUCCCACUGAUGCACCGAGGCGUGCCAGUGUGUUCAUGUGAUGCAGGAAGGAUGUGUCCUAAAAGAGUCAAACUGAGCCAAACUGCAUCACUUCUGAGUCCGAUCACCGCUCAACACUCAUCUUCGGAGAAUCCCCUUUUCGCUUUGCGGUUACAUCAGGUGAAAGAGAAGAAACCGAAGAGAACGAGAGAAGGAUUGUGAGAUGGGAGCUACGGCAUCAUCCUCGCAGCGGGACGGUGGAUGUGCGGAGGACGCAGCGGCGGAGGAGCUCACUGCAGCGGCCAGCGAUGCUCGGGAUGAGGAAGAGGGCAGUGCUGAUGACAAGUUAUUACAGAAAAACGGGCAGAUCUCCAGUUUGAAUGUAAAGACACAGAACCAUGCAGAUGAAUUAGAUGGCAACUUUGAGGAGAGAGUACUUGCAGAUGCUGGUUCAGGGUUUGUUACUCUGAAAGAAGAUGGCACAGAAACAAUUGAAGACCUCCAGGAAAUGGAUGCUCUUCAACCAGUCAUGAAGAACGAGAGCACAGAGAUGGUUAAUGCAGAAGAAACUAUGGAGGACAACCAAGUGAAUGAUAUCAAUGACAUUGGCUUCAAAAAAAUCUUCAGAUUCGUAGGAUUAAAGUUUACCCUAAAAAAAGACACAUGUGAAAAGACUGAAGCAAAUGAGCCAGAAGAAAAAGUCAGAUGUGCCUCAGAGGACACCAGUGACAUCCAGGAAAACAGUGCAGUGGCAGCAAAUGAAAACACACCCGAUGAAACUCAAAAAAGUGAGUUAUCUUCCCAGACUGAUUCAGCUGAACCCUCUCAACAAACAGAAAAUAUAAAGGAGCUGGAUCAGGACUUAAAGACAUUGGAGGAUCAUGUGGAGGACACACCUGAGAAAGAACUGUCAAAAGAAGCAAGUCCUGAGUCGGAGGAACCGAUGUCACCAAUCAAGCAGUUCUUUACACAAGGAAUCUUUGCCAGUUUAAGAAAGAAAAAGAAAGAAGAGGAAAUGCAAAUAGAGAGUAAGGAAGAGGAACUCAAAAGAAUUGAGACAAUGGGUGUAGAAGAGGCAGAAAAAGAGGACAGUAAAUGUAUGUGCCUUGAUAUUCAUUAUAUUUCUUCACAGGAAGAAAAGGAUUCACAGGAGAAAGAUAACGACGAAUUGUUACCUGAAGGAGAGCUUCAGAAUUCUCUAGAGAAAGAUAAGGUACAAGGAAGUCCACUUAAAAGACUUUUCAGGAAAUUUUCCACAAGAAGGCAGAGAGAAAGUAAAGCUGCAGAAAAGGUGAUGGAAGCUGAGGAACAAGUCUCUGAACAGCCCAAACCAUCCUCGGAAUUGAUAGAGCUUGCAAAAGUGGAGGAACCAAAAACUGCUGAAGAGGAGCUGGUGGCUGAUGUAAGCCCUCUAGAGUCCAAAAAGAAAUCUGACAUCACCGUUUCCUGGGAGGCACUGAUUUGUGGUGGCUCUGCUAAAAAAAGGGCUAGAAAAACAAAUGAGGAUGAAAAGUCAGAUAAAGGAGAGGGAUAUGAGAAGACAACUGACUCUCCACUUGGAAGUUCCAUUGAGGGUGAUUAUGAUCAUCUCACAUCAUCUAAUGAACAAACUGGAAGUCCUGCAGAAGGAGAGAUGGGAUCCACAUGGAAAACAUUAAAAAAGAUGGUCACCCCAAAGAGAAAGGUCAGAGCUGGAGAAAGUAGUACCCCGGAACAGAUACCUUCAGACAGUGAGAUGAGCAAAGAUGAAUCAUUUUCUAUGAAGAAACUUAUUCCAGGGCAUAAAAAGAGAAAAUCGGAUGCAAGGAAAGACCAGACAUCCUCCCAUGAGGGUGCUAAGGAUCAUGAAACAGGUGAUGAAGAUGAUGAAACACCAGCUAUCAUUCCUCUGUCUGAGUAUGAAAUAAUUGAGCCUGAAAGUCUGAAGGAGGUGAAUGAACAACGAGUUGAAAUCACAAUCGAACAUGAGAUGCCAGAGAUGACUUCACAUGUGUUAGAACAGGACACAUCUACUAACCUAGUGCCUAAAAUUGCAGUAAAAGUUCCAGCUAACACUGGACCAACAGUCGUACAUGGAUUUUCAGAGGACUUUGAAGAACUUGCAGACUUUCUGAGCAAACAUCAGCAACUGAGUGAUAUUCCAGAAGAAGGCAUCAAUGAGGAAAGCAUUGAAACACCAGUAUCAUCGGAUGAGUGGACAACACAGGUUGACACCUUGGCUGAGGACAUUGUAGAGUUGACAGCUGAUGCGGUCACUGCUCCAGAACCAACAAGUGAGCAAAUUACUGGGGAUGACAGUACUGAAAUGGUCUCGGCAGUCUCACAACUAACUGAAUCUCCCAGGUCAUCUGGACAUGUUACACCAGUGUCAGCUGAAUAUGGCAUACAAACAUCAGAUGUGAUCCUACAGGAAGCCAUUCAAUCCAUUUGCAUGACUCCAAGUGUUCAAUCAGUAACUACAAAAGAUGAAAGCCAAGAAUCUCUGGCUGUGUCAUUUUCACCUUAUAUUGUACAGUCAUCCACAACAGAAGAAACAAAGGUUUUGGUUGCGCAUAAGAAAACUGAGGCAACAGCAAUAUGUACAGGCCUAGUAUCUCAAGAAAUACAAUCUGUUGAAGAACAUCUCCCUGUACCCUUAAUGGAGGCAACACUUGAAGUAAGUGAUGCUGUUUCAACUGAAUUAGUCUCGCAUAACUUUACAGGUGAAACCGAAACUGCAGGACUUGGGACGGAUGUGGUCUAUAAAGCUGAAAUUAAGGAACUGAAGACUGAGUAUCUGAAAGUAAUUGUAAAUGAAAAAGAAGAGCCUCUUGUAGAAGAAUCCAAGGAAACUCAUAUAGAAGACAAAAAAGAGGAACAUACAGCUAGUAUUGAAUGCAGAAUGGUGAUUGAGAUGAUGCAAAGUGAAGACACCCAUGAUCCUGAAACGGAGUGUCCACUGCAUUUUGUGUUAGAUGAGCCUGUGUAUGAAGGACAAGUAGCUGCUGAACCUGAAAAACAGCUGACACCUUUAGAUGUUGAAUUGUCAGCUGCUGAGUUUGAGCAAGCUGCACCCACGGAAGUAGUUGCAUCUUUGACACACGGUGAUGUGGAAAACGAUCCUGAUACUACCACAAGUAAAGAAGUCAAAGCAAUUGAAAUCAUUGCUUCUGCUGUGGAGUGUCCGGAAACCAGAGAGACUGUUAGUAUUGUAAGUCAAAUUUCAGAUCACAUUCAGUCAGAGACACUGGAUUUAGAAGAGAGUUUAAAAUUGGAAGCAGUUGAAACAGUUGUAGAUGUCUGUGAAACAAAAGUUGAAGUAAAAGAUGCAGUCUUAUUAGCAAGUGAUUCAGCGGUGACCGUGGAGGACAUCAGUGAGAAAACAGAAGAAAAUGAUUAUGAAAAAAUGGCACAGCUGGACAUUAAGGAAAUACAUGUAGGAGAAGAGACUGUGGAUGCUGUUGCUUCAGACAUUGUUGAAAAUAUUGAGGUUGAAAAUAUGUCAGAAGCUGUAGAUGAAUUAUUAGCCAGAGAAGAGUUGCCAGCCAAGGAAGUGUCACUUCCAGAAUCAACAUUAGUUGAAGAGCUCCAUAAAGAAGACACUGAUAGAAAUUUGGAUGAUAAGAAAGUGAAUGACAGUGCAACUGACAGAAUGGAUGGGAUUUUUGUGAAAAAGGAUGAAGAACAUGGAGUAAAGGAAGGGCAAACUUUAACAAACACUGAAAGCAAUGAAACAGAGAAUGAAGAUGUUUUUGUUCACGCAAGCACUACUGAUGAAUCUCCAGAAAUAAUUGUUGAUGCAGGAAGUGAAAAUGGAUACAUGGUUCAUAAAAUAAGAGAAUGCACGGUUGUUCCUGACUGUUCAACAGAUAUAUCUGAGAGCACAGAAACACCAGCCAAGCUUGAAGCUAUUUCUGAAGUCAUACUGAAACCUCUAGAGAUGGUGUUGCCAGAAGUAGAAGCAAAACCUUUAGCAACAGAAAUUGUGGUUUCUCAAACAGGAGACUGGAGUCUAGAUACCAAACCAAGUACAGAGAUUCCCAAAGAGAAUGCACAACCAGCGACAACUGAGAAUAUUAAAACUGGUAAAGUUUUAGAGAUGGUUGCAAUUAUUGAGAACACAUCAAAACAGUCUGGUAUAGAGAAGUCUGUAGAGUCUGAACCUGUAACACAGUUCCUCGAAAAAUCUAAGCUACCAAAGGCAACAGAACAAGAGGGUGAAGCAAUAGAUGGGGACCAAGCCCCAGCAACGACAUCAUCAGAAAUGAAAGAAAUGGCAGUUACAGAUAAAAGAGAUGAAUUGGCUGUUGCUCCCAAAUCAGAACCAGAAGGGUUUGAUUCAGAGCAGACUAUGAUUGAAGUGGCUGCGAUCACAGUGCUGGCACAAAAUUAUACUGCUACAGAAAUAGAAGUUAGUAAUAUGAGUGAACAGAAUAAUGCAGCAGAUGAAAAUGCUAGGCUUAAAUGUGAACCUCUUGAACAGGUGACAGAAAUGAAGUCAAAUGAGUUGCAGGUAGACAAGACAGAAAUUAAAGAUGAAAUACCAGAAGUAAUGGAAAUUACCCCCAUUGCACAGGAAUCACCACUUACCUCUGAAGUUACAUCAGAAAAUCCAGAAGUUGCUGUUUCUGAGACACAAACACAAGUAGCGUGUGAACUCAGGGUAGAGACGCUUGAAGUGACAGAACCAAAGGUAGAAAUUCCAGUGGUAACAGAAGUGAAAGUAGAGACUGUAGCAACUGAACUGAAAGUGGAGACACCAGUUGUCACAUCAUUGUUUACAGAACUAGAACUAGAAACACCAGAGGUUACAUCUAUAGUAAGAACAACUGAUAAUCUCACUUCUGCUAUGUCACAAAAUCAAAACAUAGAUACUGACGCAUCAGUGUUGACGACAGUGAUCAAAGAACAGGUGGUGGAGAUUCCCACUGUUGUUUCUGUGGUAGUGACACCAGCUACACCUCUAGAUGAAACACCUGAUGUAACUCUAGGCAAUGACUCAAAGGAUGUACCUCCAGUAAAAGACGCACCUUCUGUGACUGACGCAGUAGAAACAGCAAAUGUUGGUUCAGUGAUUGUGAGGACUGCUGUGGCCCCAGUAGUAGAGAUACAGAAUGUGAUUCAAGUGGUCGCAACACCAGAUCUUGGUUCAGUACUAGUAACAGAAGCUGCAUCUCCAGUAAUAAGUACAGCAACAGUGACUACAGUAGCAGAAGCAACAGUUGUGAGCACAGUUGUAGAAACACCUGUUUUUUCUGUCACAGCAGUAAAAUCUACUCCAGCCGUGGUAGAAAUCCCAGCCACAGUAACAUCCGUUCUGCAGACUCCAGCAGUUGUUUCAGUGGCAGAGAUCCCAGAAGAGGAUACACUAGAUGUGACCCAACUGGUAGAAACACCUGUGAACCAAGAAAUUGAAACUCCCAUUAUUUCCAUAACAUCAAUAAAACCAACUGUACCUGCAGUGACAAAGACACCAGUCACUGAGAUACCAGCUAUGAUUUCAGUGCCAGAAGCAGUAUCUCCUGUAGUAGUUACAUCGGCUGGAAUUCCAGUAGAACCAGAAACGAUUAUGAUCCCAGAAGUAGAAACUUCAGAAGUAACUUCAACUGUAGAGAUAUCACUUGUGACACCAGUGGUACAAACACCGGCUCAGAUUUCAAUAAUUGUAAAGGAUGCAAGACCUCCAGUUACACCACCAGCAACUGCAGCAUCAGAAACAUCUGCUGUGAUCCCAUCGGUGAUGGUAACAGAGAUUGCACCUCCAGUAGUUUUUUCAGAAGUGGCUGCAACAGUAGAAACACCUGUUGUGAUCCCAUUAGUAGAAACAACUGUUGUAAAGCCAGUACCAAUAGCAGUGGUUGAGACGCCAGUUUUGACCCCAGCGGUAAAGACACCAGGACAGGUUUCAGUGAUGGUAACAGAAUCUGCCCCUCCAGUAGCUGUUUCUGCAGUAGCUACAACAGUAGAAACAACACCUGUUGUGAUCCCAAUAGUAGAAAAUCCUGUUGUAAAGCCAGCACCAGUUGCAGUGGUUGAGACACCAGCGGUACAGACACAAGGUCAGGUUUCAGUGAUGGGAACAGAAAUUGCACCUCCAGUUGUUUUUUCAGCAGUGGCUGCACCAAUAGAAACACCUGUUUUAAUUCCAGUAGUAGAAAGUCCAGUAGGAAAGCCAGCACCAGUUGCAGUAGUUGAGACACCAGUGAUGACCCCAGUGGAACAGACACCAAGUCAGGUUUCAAUGGCAGUAACAGAAGCUACACCUCCAGUAGUUGUUUCAGCAGUGACUGCAGCAGCAGAAACACCUGUUGUAAUUCCUGUUGUGAAAACUCCAACUCAAGUUGUUGUUGAAGAGACACAGGUUGUUACCCAAGUGAGGAUGACACCUACUGUGAUUCCAAUAACGGAAAGGUCAGUUGUGAGCCAAGUAAUAGAAUCUGCCGCAGAAUCAUCAGCUGCAAUUUCAAUGGAAGAGAAACCUGUUAUGAUCCAAGUGGUACAGACACCAGCUCUGGUUUCAGUGAUUGCAAAAGAGGCUGCACUUCCAGUAAUUCUACCAGCAGUGACUACAGGAGCAGAAACAUCAGUUGUGAGCCCAACAGUAAAGGUAAACCUACCAGUGGAAGUGGCAGAGACACCAGUUCCAGUACAGGAAGCACCUUCUGUGAUCCCAGCAGUACAUACACCAGUUCCAGAGCAGGUAGCACAGAAACCAACAACAGCCCUGCCCUUGGUAAAGGCAACAUCAGUUGUGACUGGGAUGGAGGCACCAGCUGUGGCU